CGGUUCAGUCUCUACGCGCGCAAGCCCGUCGUGUGUACGUUCGUCGACGCCGUCGCAAAUAAACGCUUCGCGCGCGCCGCCGUGUGUGUCGUGUCCCGCCGCCGCCGCCGCCGCCGAUCCUGGAGCGAAAAGGAGCAUGCGCGCAACCCUGGACGACAGUAAUAAUAAUAAUAAUAUUAUUAUAUAGAUCGCGACCGGAGCAGGACGACGCCGAAGACGAUUUUUUUAUCACUUCAUCCUUUCCAUCACUUUCGCUUCAUUUUUUUUUCUUCUGUUUCCCGCCGACGCGACGGCUUUUAAUAUUAUACAGAGUGCGUUUUCGGACUUCCGGACUAAUAACCCGCGUCCACACCGUAGACAUUGCACCUUCCGCCGGAACACGAUUUCAUAGGUAUACUUCCCCGAAGUCUUCACAAUCCACGGCGUUCCGUACUUAACAACCAACGCCAACGCUUUCUAUCUCGAACCCACUUGGUUAUCGGUCGGACGACGCGCUUUACGUUGUCCGAGCCGCUCUUCCUUCAGCAGCAGCGGAAUCUUUGUCGAUGACACCCUCGCAUUCGCUGCCGGAAGACUACAACUAGAGAUACGAGACACUCGUUGCACCCGAAUCACUUGUACAACGCGUCGCAUUGGCAGCCCUGAUGGGCGUGUUUGAAGACCUGGCCAAUCAGAAACCCGGAAUGCAUUGGCAGCAUGACCGCCAUCACACCAUGCUGGGCCAAUCCGUACGACCCGUCUAGAGACCUGAGCCCGAACCUGCCGACCACGUCGUGUCGCGGCCAGGAUACGACCAACGUAUUCGGCGUGGUCGGCGUGGUCGGCGGCGGCGUGCACGGGCAAUGUUGCGCGUUCAAGUCAGAGUUCGACGACGACUGCACCACCGCUGACUGUUGCAGUAAGGUGUCUCCGCCACCUCCGCCGCCUCCGAUUUCCAUCAUGGGACGCGACGACUACCGUGGCGGCCCGCUGCAGGCGGUCCCGUGCAAGCAGGAACGCGACGCCGGCCACGGUUUGGGCUCGUCGCCCGCUGGACACCAUAAUCACAAUCACCAGCUACUGCACCACCAUCACCACCAUCAUCUCGGCGGUGGCUACGGGUCGCCGCCGGAACCAUCGUCGUCGUCGUCGCCUCCGCCGCCGUCCGGCCACGUGACGUCUUACGGCGGCGGUGGCGCUUACGAGUCGUCGCCGCCGGCCGCGGACAUGAUGGUCCGGCCCAAACGGGAACAGGUCGAGGUGAACCUGUGCGACGGUUGCGGUCUGAAAAUCCUCGACCGUUACUAUCUGUUCGCGGUGGACAAGAGAUGGCACGCUUCGUGUCUGCAGUGUUCCCAGUGCACCCGGACCCUGGCAUCCGAAAUUAAAUGUUUCUACCGAGACGGCAACAUAUACUGCAAGGCUGACUACCAAAGGUUGUACGGCAUACGGCGGUGCGGCCGGUGUCACGCAGGAAUUUCACCGUCGGAGCUGGUGAUGCGCGCCCGGGACACAGUGUUCCACGUGCCGUGUUUCAGUUGCACCGUGUGCUUGGCGGUGCUGACCAAGGGCGAUCAGUUCGGCAUGCGCGACGGCGCGGUGUUUUGCCAGCACCAUUACCAGCAGUUCGGGCCGUCGUCCGCGUCGCUGCAGGCCCAGCAACAGCAACAGUCGCCGCUGCAGAGGACCAUCAUGCCGCCGUCGAUGACGCCCGUCCAGUCGCCGUACCCGUCGUCCCGGGCGCUCGAGUCGCCCGCGCCCGGCGCCGGCGCGUUUUUCAACGGCGGUGCCGCGGCUACCGGUGGUGGCGGCGCGCCCGCUGUCCCCGCGCCCACCCAACCUCGGCAGAAGGGCCGUCCCAGGAAGCGCAAACCCAAAGACUUGGACGCCAUGACCGUCAAUAUGGACAUGAACUCGAGCGAUUCGUACAACAUGGAAAUGGCGUUCGGCCCGGGUGGCUUGUCCGGCGGUGGCGGUAACGGUGGUCCCGGGUCCGGUCACCAGCGGACGAAACGCAUGCGCACGUCGUUCAAGCACCACCAAUUGCGUACCAUGAAGUCAUACUUCCAUCACAACCACAACCCCGACGCCAAGGAUCUCAAACAACUCUCGCAAAAGACCGGCCUUCCCAAACGAGUGUUACAGGUUUGGUUCCAAAACGCUCGAGCCAAAUACAGGCGGACGGCCACCAAACAAGACGGCGGUCUGGGAUCGUUGGCGCCGCCGUCCAUAAAACCCGACAAAAGCUGUUCGGAAAGCUCUACGGGCUCGACCGGCAUCGAAGCGGUUAUGUUCCACCAGCAGCAGCAGCAACAACAGCACCACGCUAUGCAGAUGAGCCCCAGGAGCUAUUUGAGCACAUCGUCGCCGAUGGAAUGCGGCUCGUAGAGAACCACGACUAAAACACAAACAAUAAUAUAAUAUAAUAAUAUAAUAUAAUAAUAUUAUCGUUUCCUCUAUCAAAAAGUAUAUAUUAUCAUAUUAUUAUAUAAAGAAAUAUUAUAGUAUAUUAUACGUAACUCGUGUGUGUGUGUGUGUGUGUGUGUGUGUGUAUAUAUAGGGGGGAUUACGAAUAAAGUAAUGAUAUAAGAAUAAUAUAUUAUAAACGUCGGUGUUUAUAUAAAAAAAAUAUGAGCGAACAGCGAUGAGCCAGUUUUGUAUACGUGCAAUAUUUUCAAAACAUUUAUAAGUAACUUAAGUUGUUGUUUUUUUUUUUUAAUUAAAUAUUUAUAUUGUUGAAAGUAUAACGGUUUGAAAAAAAAUAAUGAGAGAAAAAAAAUACUAUUAGUCUUUAGUAACGAUGUUCGAGAGUAGUAAAUAAUAUAUAAAUGUAUAUAUAUAUAUGAAUACAUACUUAAUAAGCGUAACUUGUAUAAAUCGAUGUUGUCCUUACUUCCUUGUGUCUAUACAUAAAAUACCUACCUACUUUGUAAAACAUGUACAUUUCUCUUAAAUAAAAAAAACAUUGUGGUGACAUUUUAAUAAUUUA